CUACAUCCACCGAAGCACACACACCAUGUCUUCCAAGUGGCACCAGAAAAAGGCCCGGCAGGCCGAAUUUGCYUUCGAGAAGKCCCUCCAGASCCGCAAGGACGAGGAGAUAGACGUGAGCGUCCUCRUCAAGAGCACCGCGAUGGGGGGCGGGGACGACGAGCUCUUCGAAAAGAAGCUGAGCAAGGAAGAAAAGAAGGCCCUGGCCAAGAAGAAGCGCGAGGCCAAAAAGGCGGCCAAGAACAAGGGCAAGAAGGGAGGAGGAGCGGACGCCGGGAACGACAAGGACGACGAGGAGGACCUGGCCCGGAAGAUGGAGGCCCUGGGCGGGGCCGGCGAGGAAGGAGGCCCCCAGGGAAGCGGSAAGACCGCGGACGACGGGAUCGACCACGAGGCGUCGGACGCGCUCGCGGCUGCCGGGACGGUCUGCACCUUUGCCACCAGCCGCAAGGGCGUCGACGCCCGGGCCCGGGACGUCAACGUGACCAACGUCACCCUCCUGCACAUGGGGGCCGUCCUGCUGGACGAGACCUCGGUGGUCCUCAACCACGGGAACCGCUACGGGCUGGUGGGGAGGAACGGCUGCGGCAAGUCCACCCUGCUCAAGGCGCUGGGGGCCCGGGCCCUGCCGAUCCCCAACUCGAUCGACAUUUUCUUUCUCAAGGAGGAGGUCGAGCCCAGCGACACGCUCUCGGCMMUSGACGCCGUCAUGGAGGUCGACGAGGAGCGGACCAAGCUCGAGAAGCAGGCGGAGGACCUCAACCAGCUCAUGACGGACGUCAUCGACAACCCCGAAAAGUUUGCUUCGGCCUCGGACGGGGACGGGGACGCGGCCAAGACCCCGGAGGACCUCCAGGAGGAGAUCAUGGACGCCCUCAACGCGGUCUACGAGCGCCUGGACGCCCUGGACGCGGACACGGCGGAGGUCCGGGCCCGGUCGAUCCUCAGCGGCCUCGGAUUUACCCACGARAUGCAGGCCAAGAAGACCAAGGACUUUUCCGGGGGCUGGCGGAUGCGGGUCAGCCUGGCCCGGGCCCUCUUUUUGCAGCCGGUGUGGUGAGUGCGACGCGACGCGACGCGGUGCGGUGCGGUGCGGUGCGGUGCGGUGCGGUGCGAUGCGAUGCGAUGCGAUGCGAUGCGAUGCGAUGCGAUGCGAUGCGAUGCGAUGCGAUGCGAUGCGAUACGAUACGAUGCGGACGACACGACGCGGGAAAGACUGCGAGCCUUCGAGCCGUUGAUGGCCGUGUGGGUGAAACGAACGGGUGUGGAACCAGGCCGCGUGGCUCACCAUGCUGUUUCUCUUGUUUUGAUUGUUUUUGUUUCCRUCUGUUUUUGUUCCAUUCUGUCUCGAUUCGUUCCUGCUUGGACGCCACCUGCCACGCAACAGCCUGCUGCUCGAUGAACCGACCAACCACCUGGACAUGGAGGCCGUCAUCUGGCUCGAAAACUACCUCUCCAAGUGGGACCGAAUCCUCCUGCUGGUCAGCCACUCGCAGGACUUUCUCAACAACGUGUGCUCCCACAUGAUCCACUUUACCAACUCCAAGUCCCUCGUCUACUACGACGGAAACUACGACCAGUUCGUCAAGACCAAGUCCGAGAAGGAGGAAAACCAGUGGAAGCAGUACAAGUGGGAACAGGACUCGAUCAAGCAGAUGAAGGAGUACAUCGCCCGCUUCGGACACGGUACGGCCAAGAACGCCAAGCAGGCGCAGUCCAAGGARAAGGUCCUCCAGAAAAUGAUCCGGGCCGGCCUCACCCCCAAGCCGGAGGAGGAAAARAUCCUCAACUUCAAGUUCACCGAUCCGGGACACCUCCCCCCGCCMGUCCUGGCCUUCCACGACGUCUCCUUUGGCUACCCGGGGUGCGACCCCCUCUACAAGAACGUCAACUUUGGGGUCGACCUCGACUCCCGCGUCGCCCUGGUCGGCCCGAACGGGGCCGGAAAGACCACCCUCGUCAAGCUCAUGGCGGGGGAGCUCAACCCGACCCUCGGGGACAUCCGGCCCCACGGCCACCUCAAGCUCGGCCGGUUCACCCAGCACUUUGUCGACGUUCUGGACCUGGAAAAGACCCCCCUCGAGUUCUUUGAGACCCUCUACCCCAACGAUCCCCGCGACGAGCAGCGCAAGUACCUGGGCCGGUUCGGCGUCAGCGGCCAGAUGCAGGUCCGCAAGAUGGCGGAGCUAUCGGACGGACAGAAAUCACGCGUGGUCCUCGCCAAGCUCGGGCGGGAUGUCCCCCACAUCCUCCUUUUGGACGAGCCGACGAACCACCUGGAUAUGGAGAGCAUCGACGCCCUGGCCAAGGCCGUCAACGAGUUCGACGGAGGCCUGGUUCUGGUCAGCCACGACAUGCGGCUGAUCAGCCAGGUGGCGGAGGAGAUCUGGAUCUGCGACAACCGCACCAUCACCAAGUACCGCGGAGACAUUAUGAACUUCAAGAUGGACAUGCGCCACCAGAUGGGCAUCGAGGGAGAGCAGGCGGYGGCCUCCAAGGGAGGAAAGCUCCAGGGAGACGCCAGCGUCAAGGCCAAGGCCGAGAAACCCAAGCCRAAACCACCUCCGRMGAAACCCCCCAAGCUGGAGGUCCUUUCGCCGGCRGCGGCGACGAAACCCGCCGGGGUCACCACCAUCCGGGAAGAACCGCCAGCGGCACCGGCACCCACCGUGGCSUCGGCGGUCCCGGAUUCCCUCGCCACCAAGGCACCACCGGCCGCCAAGAAGGCCGACGAUGCCUCCACCGUGGCCACGGUGGCGUCCACCGGCAGCGGAAGCACCGCGACCGGUGGCGGUGCAACCGCUGCCGCCCCGGCCAAGAAGCGGUACAUCCCCCCCCACCUGCGGAAAAAGAUGGCCGCCGAGGCCGCRGCGGCACAAAAGUAGAGCGGCGGACGCGGUUCGAUUCAUAUCGAAUCGAUUCAGUUUUUGUUCGGAUGGUUCGGUUUGCACCGCCGGUGGCACCCUUCCCACUGCCCGCACGAAUUAGAUAAUAUAAACAGUCUUUUUUU